AUGUGCUUCUGCAGCGAGCUGAUCCUGUGGAAGGUCGACACCGUCGGGCCGCUGUCAAAGUCCGGAGGAAUCAAGGAGCUCGCGCGGCUCAACUCGCCGGAGAUAUCGGCGUUCUCCAACGUCGCGUGGGUUCCCACGCUGCUGCCCAGCACGAGUCUGGGCUCGAUGUCGAACUCCUCGAGUGCGGUGUUUGUUGUGUCGGAUGGCACGACGCUGCGCCUCUACCAGGCCGUCAUCGACGCCCGCAGCAUGCUCCAGGAAAUACAAAAACAAACGCAGAGAAGACGCUAUCACAGUGCUGCGAGUGCUGCUAGCUACGCCAGCGCCUCUAGUGGUGAGGAGAGGAAGCAUUCGCUGCUAUUGGACAACCCGUAUCAUAUCGCGAGUCAGCAGUCGGCGGUGAGACCGGGAUGUCUCAUACAGUUGGACAGCAUAUCCGAUGCCAAACGAUCCCACGACGUGACGAGUCCGUACCCCGGUACGAAGGUGUUCAACUACUACGUGCCAGACACCAACAUCAUGCAGGAGGACGAUGCGGUGUCUAACCCGUCGUCGAGCCGAGGCAGCUCCCCGACGGGCCUGCGUCCGGGCAGCCCGCCGCUAACCUUCCCCCGCUCUACGACGCCGACCGCACAGAUGAGCAGCGCCAAGCUGUCAAUCACCACGACGAAGGUCUGCUCGCAGAAACUACACCUGCCCAGGAACGUCGAGGUGCUAGACGCGACGGCUGCUGCGGGUCACCUCAGCUCCUCCUCCAUCUACCCUGCCUGCUUCGCUCCCUACCUCGUCACCAUCGCGUGCUCCGACGGCACCGUCAGAUUCCUCAAGUGUGAGAUGGGCUUCACCGCGGGGGACGACGUUGCCGCGGCGACGGCCGAGCAGCCGAGCUUCGAGUGGAAGGAGUGGGACAUGAUGACGAGCACCUCAGCUUCCAGCGAGAUUUACCUAGCAGGCCAGCCUCUCGCCGUACGCUGCGCCUACAGCGGCCGCAUCGCCUGCGCGUUCAAGAUGAACGAAACCACGAUCCCGGGUCCGUUGUCCGACGACGGCGUCGGUCAUACGCGCAAGACCGUGGACGUCGCCGUGGCGAUCUACGAGUGCGAGUCGACGGGCGGCGCGGAGUGGGUGUUGGAGGACACGAUAGAGCUUCGUCGCGUGCGCAUCCCCGCCGCCGCCGACGUCAGACACGACGUCGACCUCAACUUCCUCUCGCGCUCGAAGCAGAUGUCGAUGGUGCGGUCGGUCGAGAACUUUGAGCGGCUCUUCCAGAGCCACGUCGCCGACUACGAGAAGGACAACCUGCACGAGUUCAUCCACAAGACGCUCACGCGGCGGCUGUCCGUGCCCAGCAUGGCGACGCUGCACAACAUACGCAAGGCUGUGUUCGCCAUCAAGGAUCAGGGCCUGCUACAGCAGAAGUGUUGUGUGCAGCUGGACUGGGUGUCGACCGAAGAUGGCUCCCACAUCCUGUGCGUCGGCGUUGGUAACGAGAUCAACCUGUACGCUCCCGUGUCGAGCGAGAUAGCGACCGCCAACAUGCGAGCGAUGCAGGAGAAGAAUGUGAGUGUGCAGCAGAAGCCACGGCCCAUGCUGCAGCGAUCUAGCUCUGUCGCUGCUCAGAACUACACGUCGGUCGACGUCAUACACUGGAUGAGGCUGCACACGAUCGGCCUGACGACCGCCGACGGUCUCCCGCCGCUCCCCAUGGCUAUGUCGUUCGUCAGGGACGGUCUACUCGUAGUCGGCAUGGACAACGAGAUGCAGGUGUUUUCACAAUGGAAACCAGAAGAUCAAACUCAGGCAUCCUUAGAAAUGGAAACUCACAAAUUAGAUGACCAUGUUGAUAUCAAGAGUGUGACCACCACCAGCUUUCAAUCAGCGAUGUCGAGUCGCACUAACUCUGUACUGAAGCUGAGCAGCAUGGUGGGAAGCAGCAGCGGCAGCAGCGGCGGCGACGCACGCAGGAAGAAGCGAUGCGGGGACUACAGCGAUCUGUUUGAGUUUGGCGACGAUGGCGGAGGCGGCGGGGAGGACGACGACACGUUCCUCGUGGGAAGCCCCGGUCGCGUGCGCAUGAAGUCUGGAUCAACGCCCGUACACCCUAACUACUUCGGACCCUUCCAGGUGCAACUCCUCACCAAGUACCUGACGCACACGCUGCUGCCGGGCUUGACCAGCCUUGAUCAGAUGCACCUGCUAGCGAUGGCCGACACAGUAGCGUCCACCGACGCUGACCGAUACGGAACCACGCAGACUGCAGAUAAGAAGAGUGCUGAGUCGUACAGUGGGAUGGGUCUCGGUGGAGGAGGCGGGGGCUAUGCAGCCGUUACUGCUGUCAGCACUGGCACAGACACGAUCGAUGACUGUGGUCUGCGUUUCCUGCUCGCCAUGCGGCAGUACACCUACCUGCAGCGCUCGCUGCCUCCCGUCCACCGCGCGCAGCUGCAGCAGAUGGGACUGUCCACAGCGAUGUUCGCAUGGGCACUCCACUCCGAGGCACAG